GCUCAUUUGUAUUGAGUAAAUGCGGAAUUAGAACAAGGAAUAUUUGAUUGACCAAUAUGGCUGGGAAGGGCAGAGGUAUAGCAUCAUUCACCUUCCAUGUUGAGGCCCUAGGCAUCACCAGAGGGUCCAUGCCUGAAACUCAGAGAGGACCCAAACCACUCUUCCCACAAAUUGAAUAUAAACCAGGGCCUCUGAAAGCUGGAGAAGAUGAAGACUAUAUGAGAGCUUUGAAACAAGAGAUGAGAGGUCGAAUGAAAGACCUCCCUUUUAACAUUAAACCCCACUCAGGAAAGUGUGAUGUGGAGAGGUACAAGGAAAAAUAUGCAAAGGAAAUUAAAAAAAUCGAGGCUGACGAUUGGACCCCAGAUUGGAACCAUCUUCCAAAAGAGCUGAAGCCACAGAGGAAGAUAAUUAGAAAGAAAACGGAUUCUAAGAAAUCCAAAAAGAUCUCAAGUAAAGACAAGGAAGAUGUGCUGAGUAAACUGAAUGAACUUGAGAAAAAGGGAGAUGCAAAAUCAGAUGAGGAGGAUGAGGCAAAGGGAGAGAAGAAAGCAGAUGAGGAAGAGGAGGAACAGGAAAUCGAAGGAGACUAUGAUGAAGAAGAGCUUGAAGAGGAAAACGACUACAUAGCAAGCUACUUUGAAGAUGGUGAUGAUUUUGGAGCAGGAAGUGAUGACAACAUGGAUGAAGCCACUUACUAGCAACCAAAAAAAUUUCAUUCGGCUUGCACUAAAUAAAAUUAAAAAAAAAAACAGUUCUCCAUCAUUACAUUUAUGUAUUACAGAACCACUAUAGAGAAAUAGUGAUUAUAGGGGGAAAAAAAACAACAACAAAAAAACAACUUCUACAACUUGUCUUCUAAGUGCACAAUGUUUUAUAAAUAUAAAGAUAACAGUGAUCCAGUGUUGGGUAAGUUACUUAAAAAUAGUAAUCCAAUACAAGUUACUAAUUUAUCUAAAAUUCUAAUCAGAUGAAUUACUUCAUUGAAAAACUAAUCACAUUACUAAUUACUUUUAACUUUCUAAAACACUUUUCCACUCAACAAUGUCUAAUUCUUACUUGUUCAUUGUUACAAUUCAUACAGAGCUCCUCACAUUUCUCUUUCCCAAUGACUCGUUACAGGGCCAUAAUUCAUGUAUUCUACUGUACAUAGAUAUUAGAAAUAAGCAUAACCCUAUAAUGUACUUAAAAGUAACAAAGUCAGUAACUAAUCUGAUUACAAGAAUUGAAAAUGUAAUGCAGUACACUACUUUUUUGACUAAAGAAAUCUGAUUAAGUUAUUUCUUUGUAAUUGGAUUA